AGCCUGUGUGUGCUUUUCUAACUUUAACAGUCUCUCCAUUGCUUACGGCUCUGGCGGUGACUGAGGCGUAAACAGGGAGUCCAGCUGCACACCCACACCAUACACCUUUAUCCUGUUAUUCCAACAGCUGCCUCACCCCUGUGUCAACAUUUUUUGGCAGAUCAUAAUCAUCAACCUGGCAACCUGACGUUCCAGGCCUCUGGCUUUGGAUCAAGUACGAAACUACCCCCAGGACACACAGGGAAGGUCACAAGCGGAAGCUGCUCCGGCGCCGCAGUCACUUCGAAUCGGUGAAAAGAAACUCAAACAUCACCAGCAGCUGAAGCUGCAAACCUGCAAACCUGCACACCUGCAAACCUGCAAACUUCUCCGGAGAAACACCAGCAGCUGUCGGGGGUAAAUAACAAGCAUGUUUUACCGCGGGUGGAGGUUCGGUUGGGAUCCGUCCAGUUACGUGGAUCUCUUCUCAGACCGCCACGAGGCAAAUGCCGAGACUCUCUCCCAGGCCAUCAGAGCUGCAGCGUCCGAGGAGCCGGAUGCAGAUGGCAGCGUGCUGUUUGGCCAGCUGCGAGGCACUGUGGUCGGCCUCAGAUACUACUCAGGGGUGGUGAACUUUGGGGAGAUGGUCGGACUAGUGCGAGAGCCCCAAAACCCGUAUGAUCGCAACGCAGUGAUGGUUGCAAACAUUUAUGGCAACCAGGUGGGACACAUUAAGAAGGAGCUGGCAGCAGCUAUGGCCCACGUCAUGGAUAACAAUCUGGCUAAAGUGGAAGGGGUUGUGUACUCGGGGACCAAAAACACGUACACCAUGCCAGUCAUGGUGUCCUUCUGGGGGAAAGAAGAGAACAGAGAUGCCGUGAUGAAACACCUGGCAAGUCGAGGAUAUAAACUGAACGCAGAUGGAAGUGGAAUCAAAGGACCAAAUGUGAAGUCGUACAGUUUUUCAGGGGCACGGGAAUUUACAUCCAAGAAAGGUGUUACCAUCCCACUAAAUGCCGAGGAGCUAAAGAAUGCAUUUGAUAACCUUUUUGAAGGUUUGAUGGAGAGUAAAGAAGGGACGAAGGAUGCAGUUAAGGCUGUGACCACUCCCCUGCUGCCUCACCAGAAGCAAGCCCUGUCCUGGAUGUGUGCUCGAGAAAAUAAAACCGCGCUGCCUCCGUUCUGGGAGAAGAGAGGCGAGCUGUACUACAACAGUGUCACAUGUUUCUCUGCCAAAGAAAUACCGGAGAGGGUCCGCGGGGGGAUCCUGGCAGACGAUAUGGGACUGGGUAAAACUCUGACAACAAUUGCACUAAUCCUCACCAACUUUCACAAAGGAAAGCCCAUGCCUUUGGAGACAUGUGAGGAGCAGUUUUCCUCUACUGAAACUAAACCUCAGGAGGCCUCCAAACAGGAAGAUAUAAAUAAACAAGCAGGAGCGAGUGAUACAGAAGCUGAUUGUUACAUCUCAGAAUCGCACAAGGAGGAGCUCAAGGUUGGUUCAGCAGAUGCGUCCGAAAAAAGUAAAAUGAAAGGGAAAAGGAAACCCCCAAAGCGGAAAAACGAGGGCCCAAUUUUGCUUGAGGAUGUGGACUUUGCUGCGGCGCUGAGUGGCUCAUCAUCAGAUACAGGCCCAAAGAAGAAGAAACCUGCUGGGAAGGUCAAUCCUAAACCAAGUGCUGAAUCCUCCAUCACUGAAAACACUGACGAUUUGUCGGCGAGAACAACUCUUAUCAUCUGCCCGCUUUCUGUCCUCAGCAACUGGCUGGACCAGUUUGAGCAGCAUGUUCAGGCCAACGUGAAGCUGAACAUCUACCUGUAUUACGGUUCAGAGCGCAACAGGAACAAGAAGUUUCUGUCCUCUCAGGACGUGGUGAUCACCACGUACAACGUCCUCUCUGCCGACUUCGGGAAUAAAAGUCCCUUGCAUGGGAUCAACUGGUUGAGGGUGGUGCUGGAUGAAGGACACGUCGUAAGGAACCCGAAUGCACAGAUGAGUAAAGCCGUGCUUGAGCUGAAAGCUCAGAGACGCUGGAUUCUUUCAGGGACUCCUAUCCAAAACAGCGUGAAGGACUUGUGGAUGCUGCUGGCCUUCCUGCGUGUGAAGCCCUUCGACGUGAAAGAGUGGUGGAACAGAGUCAUCCAAAGGCCCACCAUGCAAGGAGACAGAGACGGCCUGCAAAACCUACAGACCUUGGUGAAGUGCAUCACCCUGCGGCGGACCAAGAGCAGUGAGGUGAAUGGACAGCGGCUGGUGUCGCUGCCCGAGAAGACGGUGUUUGUGGAGCAGGUCGAGCUCAGCCAGCAGGAGAGGGAGGAGUACGAGCUGGCACGCAAUGAAGGAAGGAGUACCAUCGGCAGAUAUGUCGCUGAGGGGACUGUCUUGAGAAAUUAUGCCGACGUGCUCGCCAUCCUGAUGAGGCUGCGACAGCACUGCUGCCACCCCGACCUGCUGGGAAAGACGUCCUCAGAUCUAGGCGCUGCAGCAACGCCAGCAACGCCAGCAGAGCUGCGGGAGCGUCUGAUAGAAAAGCUGCGAUUGGUUCUGGCCAGCGGCUCCGACGAGGAGUGCUCCGUGUGUCUGGAAUCGGUCAGUCUGCCCGUCAUCACUCACUGCGCUCAUGUUUACUGCCGACCCUGCAUCGCCCAGGUCAUCAGCACCGAGCAGAUAGCCCGAUGUCCUCUCUGUCGAAAUGAAAUCAAAACCAGUGAGCUGGUGGAGUUUCCAGAGGAGGACAUGGAAGAAUACAGUGGUGCAAACUCUGAGAAGUGGAGGACAAGCUCAAAGGUAAAGGCGCUGAUGGGAAACCUGCUCAGGCUGCGGUCCGAAGACGGCAGCAUUAAGAGUCUGGUCGUCUCUCAGUUUACGCGAUUCCUCACCGUCCUGGAAACGCCGCUCAGAGAACAGGGGUUCAAAUUUGUGCGUCUGGACGGCACCAUGAACCAGAAAAACAGGACCCGGGUCAUCAAGGAGUUUCAGAGUUCUGCAGCUGACGGUCCUGCCAUCAUGCUCCUGUCACUCAAAGCUGGAGGGGUGGGGCUUAACUUGACCGCUGCGUCACACGUUUUCCUCAUGGACCCUGCCUGGAACCCAGCUACCGAGGAGCAGUGUAUUGACCGCUGCCAUCGCUUGGGCCAGACGAAGAAAGUCGUUGUCACAAAGUUCAUCGUGAAGGACUCUGUGGAAGAGAAGAUGGUGGAGAUCCAGAAGCGGAAGCAGGACCUGGUGGACAAAGCGUUCGGCUCCGCAACCACAGACAAGAAGACAUCUCGCAUGGACGACAUCCGAGCUCUGAUGGAGCUGUAGAAGUCUGUCUGCUGCUUUUUUUUUGUUUGUAUGUUUCUUUUUCAUUAAGAGAUUUUUCAUAACAUCGUUACAUAUAUUUUCAUGGGAUUUACAUUCACUGUCUGGAUUUAUGGUUCAAAGAAAAAUGUUCUUAAACCUGCGGUUGGCUGGUAAAGCUUUGCUUUUCUUUUUUCAUAUUGUGUUGUAGAUUCCAAAUAAGCGUUUACAUGUUGUACCACUUUAACACCCGAGUUGUCAGUAAUUCAAGUUCAACAGUUGUGACAGUAUUCUGUAUUAAAGAGAUGCAGGUCAUUGAAAUUUGUCACUGCUGUAUAUUUAGUUUAGUACAAUUUUAUAUAAUUAGGGAAGAAAAACAUCCCUCGACCACACAUACAUCGAAAGUGAAUUUAUUAAUGCUUUUAAUGGCACAUCUUUGAGAGCACAUCUGUUAAUAAGGUUACAUGAGUCAACAAGUACUCAUUCAAUAAUUUAGUAAUUCACUACAAAGAAACUGCACACCGACAUUCAGGACCUCUCGUGUAGCUUGACCAGCCAUCCCAACUAUUGUUGUGAAUAUCCCUUCACGAGUCUUGGUGAAAUAAAUUGGUAUGGCUGGCUGGGUUAGUCAAAGAAACCAUUAAUACACCUACAUUUUCUCUUCUAGUCAUAAGUUAGUCAAAACAACUUGUUCCAGCUACAUUCAACAUCUCCCUGUAAAUUUAGUCAAAGAAUCUUUUACUGCCUGAAUGUCACAGUUAACAGUUAUUUCAAAUGUUAUCUUCACUUAACAAUAAAACUGGGUGAAACAAACACUUGUUUGCUUUUUAAUUUUGAUGCAUCCUGACUCAUGUGCUAUCUAAUACUUAAAAGA